GGGAAAACGCAGGCGCGAGGCACACACACACUCACUCACACACGCACGCGCAUCCCUGCAGCAACCCUUUUGCUUUCCAGGACCAGCUGUUCGGUGGCGGAGGCACCGGGCAGGGGCUCAGGCAGCGGAGGCCCCAGUGGCUCACUUGCGCUGCUCCCAGCGGCCCUGCUCAGAGCCCCGCUCCGCACUGGUCCUGAGAGUGAGGCCCAGGCACCCCGCGUUGCUGCCUGCCUCGCCAGUGAUUUCUGUUCUCUUCGCCUCCUCCUCCUCCCAGGAAGACGGCGCGCUCACGACUCUGGACUCUCGCUGGUGCCCCUGCUUCCUCCCCGGGAUGGGCAGCUCCGAAGGCUUCAGCUCAGGCCUGGCCCUGCUCCAGGUGCAGGAAGGAGGGUAAGGAGGGCCGCGAGGCGGGCGCCCCCGCACCUGUCGCAUGGGCCUUCCUGACGCCUCCAAGCAUGAGCGGUGAUGUCCUCUAGCCACCCCUGGUGACAGCAGCUGACCGACUGGGACUGGGACUUUCUCCACGACAAGGGGACGGCACUGCAGUCCGCGAUGACUGUCCAGAAAGUGGUGGCCACGGCCGUGCUGGUGGCCCUCGUCUCUCUCAUUCUCAACAACGCAGCGGCCUUCACCCCCAACUGGGUGUACCAGACGCUGGAGGAUGGGCGCAGGCGGAGCGUGGGGCUGUGGCGGUCCUGCUGGCUGGACAGGGCCAGGGGAGGGCCGAGCCCGGGGGCCAGGCCCGGGCAGGCGGACGUGCGGGACUGCGAGGCCCUGGGCUGGGGCUCUGAGGCGGCGGGCUUCCAGGAGUCGCGAGGCACCGUCAAACUGCAGUUCGACAUGAUGCGAGCCUGCAACCUGGUGGCCACGGCGGCACUUGCCGCGGGCCAGCUCACCUUCGUCCUGGGGCUGACGGGCCUGCCCCUGAUGUCGCCCGAUUCCCAGUGCUGGGAGGAGGCCAUGGCCGCUGCGUUCCAGCUGGCAAGUUUUGUUCUGGUCAUCGGGCUGGUGACGUUCUACAGAAUCGGCCCGUACACCAGCCUGUCCUGGUCUUGCUACCUGAACAUCGGGGCCUGCCUGCUGGCCACCCUGGCCGCGGCCAUGCUCAUCUGGAACGUCCUGCACAGGAGGGAGGACUGCAUGGCCCCCCGCGUCAUCGUCAUCAGCCGCUCCCUGACCGCACGCUUCCGCCGCGGGCUGGACAACGACUACGUGGAGUCGCCGUGCUGAGGGCGGCGGGAGGCCGCUCGGGGCUCCGUCCACCGCAGGGACCGUCUGGGAAGCAGGGCGCUGCCUGCGCGGCUUCCCAUGAGAGCACAUGUACGACACACAUUCACUACGUUAUACACGAACACAGGGCGUGACCACAUACCGGCUGCGUCCCACCCCCACCCCCCCAACCCCGCCACGGCCCGCUUCACGCUCGCGCAUGUCCUGUCCUGGAGACCAGCUCCGGAGAGGCACGUCCGGGAUGGCAGCCGCCUCGCUCUCCGCCCUGGCCCGGGAAUAAUUUAUUCUGUAUCUGCCAAGAGGGGCGUCCUGGGUCAUAUUUACUUUGAUAAAGCAGAACACAGGGAAGAGUUCUGAACUGUCCGUGAUCUUCCUCCAGGGACUCAGAAUUUACAGUCAGAUGGUUACGGUUUUACAACAGGAUUGUGUUAGUGAUGUCCAUUUACUCCAGAUUAUCUUCCUAAGUUAAAAUAAAACACAAACCUCUUACCACGGUUUAAAAAUUGUGUUUUAUCCAUUACACUGCCACGUGGUGAAGGAAUAUGGCUUAUUCUUCUGCAGCUUUGUGGGUCAGCAGUCAGAGAAGGGUUGACACAUUUUAUAGGCCCGGGGGCAGAGCGCUGGGGACCACUCAUGGCUCACUCAUGUUUCCGUUCAGAAGUCCCCGUUUCUACAGACUCUAAGCGCUGGCUGGACAACGGCAGGUCCACAGUUGGCGCAGUAUGAGGGAAAAAGUCUAUUGGCUUAAAUUUCAGAGAUUGAUUCACUUUUUUCCCUAGAAGAGUCUUCAAUGCAUCCAGCCAAACUUGGUGGGCUACAGAAGACCUUCCCAGCACCAACCUGGUGCCAGCAGCCCUGGACCUGACUCCGUAGCAGGGACUAAGCCCCAGGCUGAACACAAGCACCUAAGAGCUGCCUCAGGGGCUCAAAACCAGCCCACGUCCCCCGGGACCGGGCUGGGUUGCCCGGCCACACCUGCAAGGACAGUCCCCUGAGAGCGCAGCUGCUUGUUCCCGUGCCACCUGGCGGUGGGAAGCGCAUCUUCCGGCCCAGGAAACGAGGGGCGGUGGUGGACACCGUGCAAAGUCCGCAGCGUGGGGGUGGUCACUGUCUGGCUGCUGCCCCCACACUAGGCCAACCCUCUAAGAAACAUUUAGCUUUGCUGCCUCCACCUCCCAGACGAUGUGCGGUGACCAGUCUGGAAUUCGAAGGCCACGCUGCCCCAGGAAUUUGUCUUUAGUCAGA